AUGGCUUCCUCCAGCAGUCUCCAGUCUGAAGAGCAGUUCCUGUGCUCUAUCUGUCUGGAUCUGUUCACUGAGCCAGUCACCACUUCAUGUGGACACAACUUCUGCAUGGCCUGUGUCACAAAGUAUUGGGAUAGCCAGGACCUGUGUCAAUGUCCACUGUGUCAGGAGAAAUUCUCCAAACGACCUAAGCUUCGUGUCAACACAACCUUCAAAGAGGUUGUAAAUAAUUUUAAAAGGAUGAGAGACAGAGGGAAAGAUAAGUCCCCUCCUAAACCUAAAAUAGUGCCCUGUGACGUCUGCACUGGGACGAAGCACAAGGCCCUAAAGUCCUGCCUGGUAUGUCAGACCUCUUACUGUGAGACUCACCUGGAGCCUCAUCAGAUAGCCUCACCCUUAAAGAGACACAAACUGAUCAACCCUGUGGUGAACCUAGAAGACAGGAUGUGUAAGAAGCAUGGCAGACUCCUGGAUCUGUUCUGUAGGACUCACCAGACUUGUGUGUGUCAGUUCUGCACUGAGGCAGACCACAAGACUCAUGACACUAUCCCUAUAGAGGAAGAGUGUGGAGAGAGGAAGGUUCAGCUGGGGAAAACUGAGGCAGAAGUGCAACUGCAGAAUGUUAAAGAGAUCAAACUCUUAGUAGAUCUCAGCAAGAGAGACAGCAGAGAAGCUGUGUCUCAGCUGGAGGAGGCACUGAAUAAAGAGAUGGAGAAGCUGCCUGAAGUCAAACUGAAGAAGAUUCAGCAGUAUGCAGUGGAUCUGACUCUGGAUCCUGAUACAGCACAUCCCUGGCUCAUCCUGUCUGAAGAUGGGAAACAAUCAUCCUCUCACUGA